AAAAUAAACACUGGUACCCUGUAUUAGUUCUGAAGAGCUGCCGCUGCUGAGGAUCUGCUUUGGAGUCGUUCUGCUCUCAGAGGCGGUUGUGGAUUUUGGAGGUAGAUGAGGUGUGGCUCAUAGAACAGCUCUUCCUGCAGACACGGAGUGGAGCACUGCUUUGGGCUUCACAGGGAUGGCUGCUCCGAGCCAGGAGCUGCAGCAGGGCCUGUCCUUGUCAGUGUGCCUCCAGAUCACAGAGGCCUUGUUGAAGGAAAGAGAUAAACAAGCAAAGUGGAAUGGGAUUCCCCUGCUGUUACAAAAGCUAUAUGAGCACAGCCACCCAAACAGCGACUUCUCCCAGUGCCAAAGCAUCUUAAAGGAAAUUUCUCCACUUCUUUCAAUGGAAGCCAUGGCAUUCGUGACAGAAGAUAGAAAAGCUGCUCAAGAGUCCACUUUCCCCAAUACAUACACGUUUGACUUGUUUGGAGGAGUUGAUCUUUUAGUAGAAAUUCUCAUGAGACCAACUCUUAUGACACAGAAAAAGAAACAAAAAAUAAGCGAUGACCUCAUCAAGGACUGUUUAAGCAUACUGUACAACACGUGUAUAUGUACGGAGGGAGUCACGAGGCGACUGGCAGAAAGAAACGACUUUGUGCUCUUCCUGUUUACACUGAUGACAAACAAAAAGACAUUCCUACAAACUGCAACGCUCAUUGAAGAUAUCUUGGGAGUAAAAAAGGAAAUGAUACAACUGGAUGAUAUUCCCAAUCUUGCAAACCUUGUGUCCAGUUUUGAUCAGCAACAGCUUGCAAACUUCUGCAGGAUCCUCGCAGUCACAAUUUCUGAACUCGAUACAGGAAGUGAUGACAAGCACACACUUCUUGCAAAAAAUGCCCAGCAGAAAAAAAACUUGGGUCCUUCUCGAGCUGAAGUUAAUCAAGCUACACUUCUGAAUAUACCAGGUUUCAUUGAACGAUUAUGCAAACUGGCAACACGGAAGGUAUCUGAAACAACAGGCACCUCCAGCUUCCUCCAGGAGCUAGAAGAGUGGUACACCUGGCUGGACAAUGCCCUCGUCCUUGAUGCAUUGAUGAGAGUGGCAAAUGAAGAGGCAGAGCAGAGCAGUACAGAGUCUUCUGAUGAAAGUGGUUUGGCCAACACCUCGACACGGACGCAGCUUCCACAGUCCAUGAAGAUCAUGCACGAGAUCAUGUAUAAACUGGAGGUGUUGUAUGUUCUCUGUGUGCUGCUCAUGGGGAGACAAAGGAAUCAGGUUCACAAAAUGAUAGCAGAGUUCAAACUUAUUCCUGGCCUCAAUAAUUUGUUUGACAAACUGAUCUGGAGGAAGCAUUCAGCAUCUGCUCUUGUUCUGCAUGGACACAAUCAAAAUUGUGACUGUAGCCCAGAUAUCACUUUAAAGAUACAGUUCCUGAGGCUUCUUCAGAGCUUUAGUGAUCACCACGAGAACAAAUAUCUCCUGUUAAACAGCCAAGAACUUAAUGAGCUGAGUGCAAUCUCCCACAAAGCCAACAUCCCUGAAGUUGAUGCAGUUGUCAACACAGACAGGAGUCUUGUCUGUGAUGGGAAGAGAGGUUUGUUGACCAGACUGCUUCAGGUCAUGAAGAAGGAACCAGCUGAAUCCUCCUUCAGGUUUUGGCAAGCAAGAGCAGUUGAAAGUUUCUUGCGAGGCACCACCUCCUAUGCAGACCAGAUGUUCCUGCUAAAGAGAGGACUUCUGGAGCAUAUUCUCUACUGCAUUGUUGACAGUGAGUGCAAAUCACGGGACGUGCUUCAGAGUUACUUUGACCUUCUGGGAGAACUGAUGAAAUUCAAUAUUGAUGCAUUCAAGAGGUUCAACAAGUACAUCAACACAGAUGAGAAGUUCCAGAUAUUUUUAAACCAGAUCAACAGUUCCUUGGUUGACUCCAACAUGCUGGUUCGCUGCAUCACGCUGUCCCUGGACCGAUUUGAGAACCAGUCUGAUGCUAAAGUUGCAGAAGUCCUGUCAGAGUGCCGCCUGUUAACAUACAUGUCCCAGAUGUCCAUGAGAAUGUCCUUUCUUUUCCGUCUCAUUAAUAUUAUUCAUGUACAGACACUUACACAGGAAAAUGUCAGUUGUUUGAACACAAGUUUAGUUAUCCUAAUGCUGGCCCGAAGGAAAGAAAAGCUACCGUUUUAUCUGCGCACUUUGCAACAGAUGGAGUACACAGAAAAAUAUCCAGGCUUCAUCCUGAACAACUUCCACAGUCUUCUGCGAUUCUGGCAGCAGCAUUACCUCAACAAGGAUAAAGACAGCACCUGCUUAGAAAAUAGCUCAUGUAUUAGUUUUACCUACUGGAAAGAGACUGUAUCUAUACUGCUCAGUCCAGACCGGACGUCCCCCUGUGCCAUAGUUAGCUACAUCGACGAGGCAUAUAUGGACAUUGACAGAGACUUCUCUGAGGAGUAAUUCUUCGCUCUGGCUCCUGAUGGGCAGCGCUCAGAGGGUUACCUGUCAGCCCGUGGAUUUUCAGGGAUACGCUGUGCUGUGUGUGUGUGCGCGGCUCGGAGCGUCGCCGCCUUGUCCAAACCCCAUCCCUGGUCUGACCUCUGAUGGAUGAGACUUUGAAAGCUCUCUGGGUUCACAUUCAGGGAUGUAUUUUCCAGUUGUUCUGGGAUAAAAAGAAUCACCUGCAAAAAAAAAAAUGAUUCCCCCCCUUUUUUUCUUUCACAUUUUUCUCUCUCUUUCUCCCAAUCCAAUGUGGAUGGUCAGAGAGUUUUGAGCUGACAGAUGAGGAUAGUCUGUGUGCGCCAAUGGAGUUAUGGUUCUUUUCCAUGGCUGUCAGAAUUAGUAAGUCGAAAAGCACAGCAAUUGCCCUCCAAAUGUGAGCUCCAAGGAGCCGGUCUGCGUGGGACCUGGAUGCACCAGCCUCAUGCAGAGGGCUCCCUCCAGGUGCAACUCUUCUGUUUGGGUUUGGAAUCGGGUUUAAGGUUGGUCAGAGUGUGAGUGUGUGUGCGUGCUCUUAAUUCCUGAGAGCCCUUGCUCCAGUCACCUCUUUAUCAUCUACUUUUGGAUCAUUUGGUACUAAAUCUGUUCAGCUGUCUGUGUUAGGAGAGAUCCUCUGCUCCUGCUCUCUUUCCUGCAGAUCCUCCCCACCUGAAGGCAUUUCACAGUGCUGCGGAGCACAGAGACAUUUCAGUGGUGGAAUUGCAGCAGGCGUUGGCUUUCUUCAUGGAGCACUAGCAUUAAAGUCUACUAAUUUUUUUAAACUUGGGGCUUGUCCCUUCUUGGGUAACUAAUCUGGUUUUAAAAUCCUUUUCAGGACCAUUGCUCUUGAUGCUAACCUGCAAUGCGUGGAAGUCUUACGUCAGUCUCUGCUUCAGGUCCUUAAUAUCAACACACACAUAAAUCUUAAGUGCAAUAUUGAGCAGAGACCUCAAGUUUUUCCUGGAUCUGUUUUAAUCAGAACGUGUUAAAGGCUGGGAACAAACGCUCCUAGUUGACAGUAACUUUGCAGGAUCUGAAGGGAAGGGGGGGGAAAGCAGGUUUUGGCAGUCACAGUUCAUGAUUGCCAGGCCUGUGCACACUCUGCCAGCUCCCCAGUGUUCACUGUGUUACUCCAAGGGCAUCACAGUCGCAGGAGUAAAUACAGCCUGAAAUCCUGCACCACUGCACUGAAUUCAAAGCAUUGCAUCUUGCAGCUCCGGCUCAAAGGACACAGUUUUCUGAAAAAUGCAUCUGAGCUUUUAAAGAAAUCUUUUAACUUUCAUGAGACAGUUUGCUGUUGGCUCUCUGGGGCCCAGGGUUGAGGAGGGCCCUGAGCUGUGUGUUUUGUCUCUAUCCCUUGGCAGCAGAAUGAAGCCCCCUCUGCGGGGUCCCUGUGCUGGGACCUGGCUGAGAGGCGGAGACUUCCAGCCCCACGUUCAGGAGUUGCUCUCUGAAGUCACCCCUUGCUUAUCUCCCACUUCUGUGUCCUGCUCCAACCAGCAGGCCGCGCUUUGCUUGCAGGGUGGGCAGAGCUGCUGAGCUUAGGCUGGGGCAUUCAGUCUCUGCUCAGGGCGAGCCCUGGGGAGGCCGUGCCCAGCUCCAGUGUGCUGCUGCUGUGGCAGCUGCCCCUCUGCUCUCUGUCAGCUCACCCUCACCCUCUGCCCCCCUCCCCCCCAGCUGAUUUCUUUCUCAUCUGUACUUUUUUGUUCUUGGCUAUUUGUGUUUUUGGUGUAUCUUUGCUUCUUCUUAACUGUAAUAGAUGUACACUUAAAAUAAAUGCUUCAAAUUAAAAGGCUUUUAAGUUAAGGGAUGCCUUUUCCAUAGUCUAGUUAAUUGGUGUAUCCAACGAUUGCUGCUAUAAACCUGCAAAGUCUCAUUUACAUCUCUGUAUUUAUGUAAUGAGCAGGGAGGGGCCAGGCUCUGUCUGUCCUUGGCUGCGCUCCCAGCUGGUGAAUCUUACUCCUCGUGGGGGAGGGUGGCCAUUUCCACUCUGCCCUGCUUUUUUUUGGGCAUUGCCUGCUGCAGGCAGCUUGGCUCUGCAUCCACCUUUAGGCUGAGCUGGCUGCAGAGGCCCAGGCUGGAAGCCUCUGGCAACAGCAGGUGCUGGACUGUAGGGGCCAGUUCUGCUUGCAAGGGGCCCGGAGCCCAGCACCGGUGGGGCUGCUGACUUCUCUGCCAGUCCCCCCAGGCAGUGCUCCUCACUGGGACCAGGCAGAGGCUGCGGUGGGUGUAAGGAUGGGGACGGAGCUGGGAGCCUGCUCGCUAACACAUCUGGAAGCCUGCACUUCCCCACGGAGAGCUGAGGUGUGUGCUGCCCAGGUGAAUGCCAAUUUACUAACUGCAAAUAAACAUAUUAAAUGGAAACUAUUAAAGAAAUCUAUUUUAAAGAAA